AUGGCCCCAGCACAAAGUAGAAAGCCAGUAGUGCUGACAGGACUGGAACUGGGCACUUGCACCACCAAAUGGACAACUGAUUACUUGAGCCAAGCUGAAGGAUCUAAAGAAGUAAAGAUUCAUGUUUCUGCAGUGCCACAGAUGGAUUUCCUCAGUAAGAACUUUGUGUAUAGAACUCUGCCUUUUGAUUCAUUUGUGCAAAGAGCAGCUGAAGUCAAGCAUAAAGAGUACUUUCUUACUGAGGAUGAAAAGUACUAUUUGCGAUCAGUGGGUGAAGAUGUUAGGAAGGAUAUUGCAGAUAUCAGGAAGCAGUUUCCUACUUUAGCAGAAGAUGUUCAUAUUCCAGAGUAUUUUGAGAAGGAACAGUUUUUCUCUAGUGUCUUCCGCAUCAGCUCAGCUGGAUUACAGUUAUGGACACAUUAUGAUGUGAUGGACAACUUCUUAAUCCAAGUCACAGGGAGAAAAAGAGUUGUUUUGUACAGUCCUCGAGAUGCACCGUAUUUAUAUUUAUCAGGUACUAAAUCAGAGGUACUGGAUGUGGAUAACCCAGACAUGGAGAAAUAUCCCCUUUUUGUGAAAGCCAAGCGCUAUGAGUGUGUUUUGGAAGCAGGAGAUGUGUUAUUUAUUCCAGCUUUGUGGUUCCAUAAUGUAAUUUCUGAGGAAUUUGGAGUGGCACUGAAUGUCUUUUGGAAGCACCUUCCUGCUGAGUCCUAUGAUAAGACUGACACUUAUGGAAAUAAAGAUCCCAUGGCAGCCUCUAGAGCUAUACAGAUCUUGGACAGAGCCUUGAAAACACUUGAAGAACUACCUGAGGAAUACAGGGAUUUUUAUGCUCGGAGAAUGGUGUUACGGAUCCAAGAAAAGGCCUACAGGAAUGAUUAUGGAUAAAGCAACACACUGCAAUUCAGCAAGGUUCCUUGCAAGUAGAAAAUUGUAUGUUAGUAUGGAAACUCUCCAUCUGUACUUACAUCCACUUGUUGUGAGACCAAUAAAAACUGUCAAUAAACAUUCUUUUAUAACAAAA